AGCUGGAGUUGGGGAGCGUGACGCUGCGGGGCUUCGGACCCUUCGUGGAGGAGCAGACCUACCCCCUCUCCUGCCGCGGUGUUCGUGUGAUCGCCGGUGAGAACCGCGACGAGGGCGGUGCGGACUCCAACGGGGCGGGCAAGACCAGUCUGGUGACGGCGCCGCUGUGGGCUCUGACGGGGGAGGUGCUGGCGCGGACGGAGAGCGGCGGCGGCGGCCGUGUGCCGGUUGAUGUGAUGCGCAACGAGGGGUGCCCUGUGUGUCGGGUGGCGGUGCGGGGGCGGCUGAACGGGCAGGCGUUCGAGGUGGAGCGGGAGGUCAAGCGCGGCAAGACCAGCUCCCUGACGCUGCAUGUGGGCGGGCAGGACCUCACACUGCAGGACAUACCCGGCACCGCGGACCGCAUCCGACGGCUGUUCUCCACCGAGCUGUUGCGCAGUUGCGCCUUCUUCGGACAGAACGACAUCACCGGGCUGCUGGAGGCCAGUGACGCGCUGCUGAAGCAGAAGCUGGGGCUGGUGGUGGAUCUGGAG